ACCUCCUUAUCCUCUCUGGCGCGCUGCUGCCAUUGCACCCCUAGCUGCCUGGAUCCAACCGUCCCGUCCCUCGCCCCUUCCCUCUCUGAUCCGCGCGCUCUCCUUUUGGAGCCUUGCGCCGCGCCCCUUUCUCCCUGUCCCAAUCCGCUUCGACGUCCCUCCUCUACCGGCGCGUUCUCUCCUUUUGGUGCCCCCCAGCGAGCGAGCUCUCGGUGCCCGUGCCACCGCCCCUUUUGCCACGCUCUCCUCUUUUUGUCUCCACCUUCUUGGCUAGCCGUUGAAGGGGCAGCCAUUGUUGCGCAGCCGGUGAGGUGAGCUGAGGAGGAUGUCGUCCGCGGUGGAAGCCAUCUCCUGCUCCAAGGUCGCCGACAUCGCCGCGGCCGGGCCUGCGGAGGCCAAGGAGUGCGCGGCGGCGGUGGCGGAGCACGGCAACGGCAACGGCGGGGCCGGGGACGCCGCGGCGACGAACGGGAAGAAGUGCGGCGGCGACGUCGCGGCGCCGCCGCAUUGCGGCAAGGGCGUGGAGGAGGAGGAGGACGAGGACGGCGAGAAGGUCCCCGAGCACAUCGACCUCGGCCCUAUCCUCAGCAUCAAGGACCAGCUCGAGAAGGACAAGGACGACGAGAGCCUGAGGAGGUGGAAGGAGCAGCUGCUCGGCAGCGUGGAUUUGAACUCCGUGGGAGAGACGCUGGAGCCGGACGUGAAGAUCAUGAGCCUGUCCAUCCAGUCCCCGGGGCGGCCGGACAUCUUCCUGCCGCUGCCGGUGGAGCCCACCAGCGGCAAGGGGGUGUGGUUCACCCUCAAGGAGGGCUCCCCGUACAAGCUCAAGUUCACCUUCUCCGUCAGCAACAACAUCGUCUCCGGCCUCCGCUACACCAACACCGUCUGGAAGACCGGCAUCAAAGUUGACAGCACAAAGGAGAUGCUGGGCACGUUCAGCCCGCAGCCGGAGCCGUACGCGUACGUGACGCCGGAGGAGACCACGCCGUCCGGGAUGUUUGCCCGGGGAUCCUACUCUGCCAAGACCAAGUUCCUGGACGACGACCGGAAGUGCUACCUGCAGAUCAACUACACCUUCGACAUACGCCGGGAGUGGCCGUCGUCAAGCUGAGCCUUCGUCCAGUCCGGUCCGCCGCCGUGUACAAGUGAGACGUGCCUGCCUGCCUGCCUUGGUUACUACUGCUGCCGUUGAAGCAGACUGGUCUUUGUUUCGUUUGCGUUUUACUACUACCUGUUUUUUCGUGGUUGCCCUUAGGGCUAUUGUCUCCUGUGCGUCUGUGUAAAUUUGGUUCGGUUGAUUGUACGUCGUAGAGGCCAUUCGUCUGUCCGCGUGUGUGUUUGAGCUUUGCCAGGGUCUGUUUUGAAGAACGAACUGUCAUGUUGAGUUCAUGUAUAAUGCACCAGAGCAACGCGGCUGCGCGCACUUCGUGUAAUGCUCAAGAAAGAAAGAAUAUCUGCCACUCA